AUGCCACCAAAGAAGUGGGGGAAAGUGCCCAAGCCCCCCCAAUCGCCCAAUACGGAAGCUGCACUCGUGGAGUAUAUUAGCCGCGAAAUACGGAGCAACAACUGCUUAGGCAUGACAGAGGAUGAGAUUAAUGGGAUGGUCGACGUGCUCAUCCGUACCAAGACACGAGCUGAGGUUUUCGAAUGGACAAAAACCCUUAUGUUGGAUGAGUCCUUCGCUACGGAGGUCAUCAAACGCCGCGUGGAUGGUGGCCCCCCUUUUGAAGGUGAAACCGUAGCGAGGCCUUCGGCUGUUUCCGUUACUUUAGCUGAUGUGAAACCCACCGGAGGAGAGUUGACUAUAUCGAAGAACAGAAAAACCGGCGGUAGAAAGUGUGCGCCUGUCCCAAAGAAGGGCCAUGGGUCUUCGCUGAAACCCGGUAGGUUCGAGUGUGGCUGCUUUGCGACGGUACAUAGCUUAAGGGGUAACUGCGCGAAUUGCGGUCGAAUCAUUUGUGAGCAGGAGGCGGACGAUAGGUGCUAUUUUUGCGGGUUAGACCCAUCGAUGUGCGUUGCGUAUGAAAUUGCUGUGCAGGAGGGCAAGGUCACCGAGGCAGCGCAGCAGUUGAAUCGAAAGAGUUACGAAGCCGCCAUCGCCCGACGCGACGCUCUUUUAGAGCACGCGCGUAACCGAGCGAAGCAAAUGACCGUCAUCGACGAUCAAAGCGCGUCGUUGUUCUCACCUCAAAGCGCGUGGGUGUCGCAUGAGGAGCGUCGAAAGCAAGAGAAGUCGUUGGCGGAUAUCGAGCGGGAAAAAAAUAUUGAGAAGAUGCACCAGGGGGUCUACCAAGUGCAUUUAGAUUUGAUGAGUCAAAAUAUCCCCCACGCCGCCCGUCACGCCCCUGCGGCUGAAGGGAAAGGAUCGAAUAAGAACGAGGAGGGUAGCUGUUGUGCUGCGGACGACCAUUCCAGUGAAAGAGACGGGUAUAAUUCAGAGGCUUCGUACACUGAAAUAGACGCACUGCCUGUGAUUGAAGCCCACUUGGGCCCUCUACCCUCUCUGUUGCAAAAGGUAUGGUACACCCCUGGCGGUUUAGCAGCCCGGGCGGUGUCAAAAGAGUUAUCGGCGUCGCAGGCGAACGAUGAAGCAGCCCUUGUAGAUGCGAAGGAUUGUGGAGUAAAGCGUCAGGAAGAGGUUUCGAAACGUGUUCAGCAAAGCUACUUUGAAGAGGAUGCACAUCUUUUCCAGGGAGAGUCUCGGGUAGCACAACCGACGGAGCUUAUUUUUAACCCUGAGAUAGCGGAGGACAGCAUGCUAUUUGACUUUGAAGAGGAGACUUAUGAGCAGGCAUCGGCGGUUGUAGCCCCUCCUGUGCAGUCAUUGAGUUCUCAUACUUUACGUUUUGCACCAACACCCUUAAUGAAGCUACGCGACGAGGGUAUCUGCCUUUCCAUGCACCAACCAUGGGCGAGUCUUUUGAUAGCGGGUAUUAAAACUCAUGAAGGGCGUGUGUGGAGUACCAACUACCGCGGCCGGCUAUGGAUUCACGCGGCGACGACGCAGUCCUCUAACAUCGAGGAAGUCGAGAACCAUUAUGCUCAGUUUGUGCUGCCUGGACAGGUCUUCCCGAGGCAUUAUCCCACGAGAGCUCUUUUAGGUUAUGUUUAUCUCACCGAUUGCAUGGAUCAAAAUGCCUAUAAAAGUGCCUUUCCGGCUGAAGAGCGUCAGACGGAUUCGCCCUUUGUUUUCAUAUGUGCUGAGCCAACACCACUCUCUUUCCCACUUCCAAUGGGUGGCGACCACAAGUUGUUCACUCUCGAUCACAAGGUCCAAACCGCAGCAAAGAAACAGCUGAUGGAGAUCAGUUAG